AUGGCAAAGGAAUAUAAUUUAAAAGAAUUGAGUUCAUUGUUUGAAGAGAAACUGUCAGAGAGGUCGGGUCUUGUGAAGAAUGUCAAAGCCGCGGAGUCAGUUCUCAGAGAGUUUGAAACAACCACCACUACGAGAUACGCCUGUUUCAAAGCAAGUAAAGGAUUUGGGAACACAGGUAAGGUGCUUCCUAUUUUAUUCAUGAUAGCGUGCAACCGCUGAUGUGGCAAAUCGAGGAGACCUUGCGCUUCUUGAAUAUAAACUCCGAGGAAAUAUCAAAUAUACAGCUCUAUGAUAUGCGUAUUUAGGCUGAUCAAUCGGGUCAACUUCAAAUUCUUAUAAAGCAGAGUUUAAGUGUUUAAAUGUAAUAUAAAUUAUUUCUUCAAAUAAUUAAGGGAAAUGAAACGUAUUUGUGUACGUAGAAGACAAUAAAAUGAGGGUAGGAGUAAGCAGAAGGUUUAGGGAGGGUGUGUGGUUGAGUUCACAAGUGAACUGCAAGAUCAGAAAAAGCUCUGGUUUCCCAUCCAGCAAUGAACAUUUUAAGGGAGAACAGGUUAAUAGUAACAAGCAGGAGCCCAUGGGCUCCUGUAACAAGGUCUCUUAGUUCAAAGUGUAGGGAAAUGCUUCAACAUUGGCAGUGGCGGAUCCAGGGAAUCCUUAUUUUACACCAAACCGAGGCCCGAAGGACCGAAAAAAAAUUUGUUUGAGUCCGCCCACCCCUCUUCUCUAAGGGUCUGGAUGACCACCCCCCCCCCCUUAUCUGAAGGUCUGGAUCGGCCACUGAUAGGGUUUCUGUCUAUUGACAGAUAUUAAAUCGCACAAGCACAAAGUGUUAUGGGAAGACGGUAGCCUGCGUUUUGACCACAUCCCAUUUGUUGUGGUAAAUCACAAAGUAUGCGACUGUCAGCAUGGUGUAGACAGACAUGUGAGAGAGAAAAAAAGAAAUCAAUCGGUUAGUUUA